UUAUCAGAUUACUAUGGGUUAAAAACAGCCUCAGUGAGAAGACACAAAGGAGAAGAAUCUCUGGGUGUGCUGUCAUUAACCUACAUUGCGAAAGUGUUUUCCCUGCAACCCGCCCUUUCUGCUGGGUCAUAGAGAGACUCCACCUGCACAGUGCAGUCACACCUCUCUGACCUGCGGCUGAGGCUAUAGACAGCCACAAGGAAGUCGACUCAGUCCAGCUCUGCUUCUUCUAACAUCCAGGAGCUGCCAGGCUGUGCACUAUGAUUUACCUCUAGAGACUUCACAGCUUCAGGUAUAUUCAGGCCUGCUAAUCUCCAUAGCCCAUGAAGGACAAUGAAGGAUGGUAGUGAUGUUACUACAGCAUGCAGCAAUGAUGGAAGGACAUUAUUAUCUGUGCCAUCUACUCUGGACAAUGGCUUCUUAGAGAGUGGAUCCCUAGGUCUACAGAAAGACUGUGAUGCAGCUAGUUCUUCUCCUGAGGCCACCAAUACAUGGGGAGACUUUGAGAGUUUUAAUGAAUUCACACCACAGGCCGAUCAACUUGUGUAUGAGGAUGGUGCGAUAGAAGAGGACAUCCUUGUCACAACUAUUGCUGAGGGUGACUGCGGCACUAACCAAACCCAUAGAGAAGGCCAAUGGAAUGCAUUUAAUCUAGGAAAUGAGAACAGACAGGAAUGUGAACGAAUAUUUAGGUUAGGCUUUCCAGCCGUUCCUGUAGAAGAUACAAAUGACGAUGUAAAAAGCCUGGAAGAGCUGAUGUCUAAUGAAGAAAACCUAUCCCAAUUAAUAAAGACCCGGUUAUGGCUGGAAGGUGACUUGUCAUGCAUAAGUGGUGAUGGCAUGUCCACCAAAUCUGGAUGUGAGUGGCAGAAUUCCAAAGGAUGCAGAGACCUUAUGACGCUGCUUGGAUCGACUACUGAAAAUUCUUCCAAUAAUGGAGGGAAAGCAGAUGAUGCCUUAACGGACAUUACCGGAUAUUUUAAUGAAAGCACACCCCCUGGAAGCAACAAAUACUUAAUACAGACUAAGUUGGAUAUUGCUCCUGGUUCCAAGAGUGCAUAUAUUUCUUCGUAUCAGUUGGUUUUAAAAAAGUCAAGUGAUGUCUCUGUGCCUUUUCUCACUUUUUCAGGGAAAAAAAGUUUUUUUAGUGCAAAUCAACUGCGCUUCAAUUUUUAAGCACUGAUCUUUAUAAGGGGUUAUUUAAAGUUUUUUUGUUUUUUUUCGCUUUCAGCAAGAAAAUCUAAUAUUUAUGCUAUAUUUUAUACAAAUAUUUAACUUAUUGCAACGUAUAUUCCAAUCUUAUCAGUUAUAUUGCAGAGUAGAUUGUAAGG